AUGGUUGAUGUUCUUUAUUCACUUGUGGAUGUCAAUCAACGAUUUGAUCGAUUAGUAGUUGAUCCUCUUACUAUUCGUAAUCUUAAUAUGACUAGCAGAACCAUCGAAUCAAUGUAUGAUCAGACCUUUUCAAUAGAUGAUGAAGUUCUUUCAAAAAUUUGUGAGAAAAUCUUAUGUCGAAUUGAUCAUCAAGUAAAUAGACUUACUGUUGAACAAUAUUCAAUAAAACGUAUUCUUCUUGCUGCUAAUUAUCCUCAACUGUAUUCAUUAUCACUUAUUAAUUUUGAAGGAAAAAUACUUUCUGAAUAUUUAACAGGCGAUUCCAUUCUAUGUGAACUUGUUAGUAAACAAAUUACACAUCUUAAUAUUGAUAUUAAAGAUGCAAAUGAAGAAUUGUCUACUACCACUUCAAACAUUUUUAUAUUAAUUUUAUCUUUAUGUAAAAAAUUAUUUCAUUUAAAUUUUGGUGAUUUAUUUUUUGAACGAAAACAUUGGAAUCGUUUUUCUUGUUUACCAGUAACAAGUUACCCGUCUUCAACUUUAACUAAAUUACAAAUCAAUGUCAGUACUUUUACUGAAUGUCUGUUUCUUCUUGAUACACAUCUCGAGUGUUUAUCAACAUUAAUUAUUCAUGUGAAUGUAAUUUAUUAUCCGAUACAAGACGUAGAUAACACGAAAAAACUUCCCAAAUUAAAACAUUUGUCAUUCAUUGCACGUACUUAUACAUAUUAUCAUGAUAUUCAUACUCUAGUUUUUCCAUUAAUUCGUCGAAUGAUAAAUCUUGAAGAAUUGAAAUUAUAUUUAUUAAUAAAAAUAUUUGACUCAAAUUUUAUUGAUGGUACUCAAUUAUAUGAUCAACUUCUUUUUCAUAUGACAAAAUUAAAUGAAUUUACGUUUAGUAUUCAAACACUUGUCUAUAGAUGUAAGACUACAAUUAGUCUUUCAUCGAAUGAAGAUAUUCAACGUAGUUUCGAUGGAAGAGAAUACCAACAAGUUGGUUCAUAUGUGGAUAUUAAUUCACAUAUUAUCGAAGCUAAAUGUCAUAUCUAUUCACUACCAUAUGGAUUUGAAUAUUUACCUGAAAUCAAUAAUUCUUUUCCAGGAGGCAUGUUUCAUACAGUUCGAUACUUGAUAAUGAUUGAUGGACAUUCUUUUGAACAUAAAUUCUUUCAACUAAUAUCUGAUGAUUUACCUUUUCUUGAAAUGUUAGAUGUACAUAAUAGUAAACCACAAAAGGACAAGCAAUAUUCAUCUACAAGAUUGAUUACAUUUUCUUAUCUUAAACUUCUUAAUUUAAAAUCGGCACAUGUAGAUUAUGCUGAACAAUUUCUCUUCACAAAAAUGACUCAUCUACCUCGUUUAUUAAAUCUUUGCAUCAGUUAUGAAUCACUCACAAUGAUUACGAAGAAUUUUACCAUUAAUACAAAAUGUUUUAAUUUCAAUAAAUUAAAAGAUCUUGAUCUAGAUGGAUCGUUUCCUCGUCCAGAAAAUUUUCAUCAAUAUUUUCCAUUAUUAUAA